CGGUACGAGCUCACAGAGGAAGCGGAAAUGCGUCUUGCUAUUAAAAGCGUCGCCCCGCCCCUUGCUUGCCUCUUUCCGUCUCCGGCUGCCGUAGCGUGUGGAGCUGCCGCCAUGUCCGCCCACCUGCAGUGGAUGGUCGUGCGGAACUGCUCCAGCUUCCUGAUCAAGAGGAACAAGCAGACGUACAGCACCGAGCCGAAUAACCUGAAGGCUCGCAACUCCUUCCGCUACAACGGGCUUAUUCACCGCAAGACUGUGGGCGUGGAGCCGGCGGCCGACGGCAAAGGGGUGGUAGUGGUCAUGAAGCGAAGAUCGGGCCAGCGAAAGCCCGCCACCUCCUAUGUGCGGACCACCAUCAACAAGAAUGCCCGGGCCACGCUCAGCAGCAUCCGGCACAUGAUCCGCAAGAACAAGUACCGCCCUGACCUGCGUAUGGCCGCCAUUCGCAGAGCCAGCGCCAUCCUGCGCAGCCAGAAACCCGUGAUGGUGAAGAGGAGGCGCGCCCGCCCCACCAAGAAUAGCCAAUGA